GCUGUCUUGACAUACGUGAACAGUUCUGCUAUUAAAGAGUCCCGUUUAAGAACAUCUUAUAGUUCCAGUUUUGUGAAGUAUUAAGUUGACAUGCAAAAAGUUCCAGUUUGGGGUGGGUGAGGUAUUGUUUUUGCUACCAGUUUCUCGUUUAUAGUAUCACCACUGGACGUCACCAUGUAUAUAAGAAUCCUUCUGGUAGGUCUAAAUUCGUGUCUAAAACAGAGGAAAGAAAUAGCAUUACAUACAUGACACUGAGAUAAACGCCAUGGACUUUAUCACACUGGCUUUGAUCUUCUUCACUUCACUACUGGUCUACGCUGGCUAUUGUCUGUCUAACAAAACCCUGAACUUGCCCCCAUGUCCAGUCAGACCGUUACCCUUAGUGGGCCAUCUGUUGGCAUUGAAGACAGACCGAAGACCAAAGUUCAAGCAAUGGCGGGAGCAGUGUGGUGAUAUGUUUAGUGUUUACCUGGGAUCUCAACUUCUGGUGGUCAUCAAUGACUUUCAACUCAUUAAAGAGACGUUUGUGAAAAGAGCAGACGAGUUCUCGGACAGGCCAGUUAGUUUUCUCGAUAAGAUGACAGGCCAACAAGGCAGGGGAAUCGUUAUGAAUUCUGGCCACGUUUGGAAAGAACAGAGAAGUGUAGCGCUGUCUAUACUUCGCAAAUUUGGCUUCGGCAAAAAUGUUUUGGCUGAGAGAGUACAAGAAGAGGUAUCGCAUUAUCUGGACUACUUAAGCAGUUGUGAUGGCAAUCCAGUAGAUAUUAAAAAAAUAACCACAGAAAGUACUGCUAAUAUAAUCUGCUCCAUUCUAACUGGGAAAAGAUAUGAAUACACUCAUCCUACUUUUCAAAAACUGAUUAAGGAGAUUGAACGAUAUUUUAUUUCUAACAAACAAGAGGCCACUAUAACAUGUUUUCCAUUUCUGAAAUACUUGUCAGGCCACACAAACAUGACCAAAAAUAUGGACUAUAUUUUGAAAAUUCUUAGAGAGUUCAUUGUUAAAAGUAAAGAUAAAGAUCCUGAAGAUAAUUUUAUUGCUUCCUAUGUCUCUGAAAAAGAUUCCAGAAUUGUAAAUGGAGAGGCCACCACAAUGGAUGAAAUAAAUUUAUUGCGAUCAGUUUUGGAUCUCUUUGUUGCUGGGACUGAGACCACCUCGACCACAAUUUGUUGGUUUGUGCUUUAUAUGUUGAACUAUCCGCAAGUUCAGAAAAAGAUUUUUGAUGAAAUUAACACUCAAAUUGGAAGUGGUCGAGUCCCUUCCAUUCAAGACAGGCCUAAGUUGGUUUAUCUCAACGCUGCGAUUAAAGAAACACAAAGAUUUGCAAGCAUUGUGCCACAGUCUGUUAUAAGAAGCUGCUCAAAAACUCUCACCAUUAGAAACUAUACGAUUCCCGAAGGUUCUUUGAUUGUUCCAAAUUUAGACUCUGUCUUGUUGGACAAAAACAUCUGGGGAUCAGAUGCUGACGUCUUUAACCCAGACAGAUUCAUUGACACAAAUGGACAGCUAAAGAAACCCGAAGAGUUUAUUCCCUUUGGAGUUGGACGUCGUGUUUGUCUUGGAGAAUCAAUGGCUAAAACUGAGCUGUUUCUGUAUCUAAGUUCUUUAAUUCAAAGAUUUCACCUGCUUCCAGUUCAUCCAGAUCAACCUCCACCAAUGGAUUAUAUUUUUGGACUUACAAUGAUUCCCAAAUCUUACCAGUUAAAACUCAUUGAAAGGGCAGCCAUUUAACAUACAGGCUUGAAUUACGAUUGAAAUUUUGUGAAAAAAUUAAACAUACAAUCUUAAUAUAUAAAAUAAAAUGCAAGGUGUAUGUAUGUCUUUCAUAGAGAUCAACAUCCUUUGAAUAUUCUUGAUGAAACUUGGCUUGAACGUUCCAUUCAUCAGUGCGGAGAAGCUAGUAUCUAUAUAUAUAAUUCUCUUCAUGGCUCAACAGUUUGGACACCGAGGAGUAAAGGAAAGAUCACUCUUUUAUUUCUGCUUGUCAGACUAGAGUUACCCG